CAAGUAGUUGUGUUUGAGGAUCGCCCUCUCAAAGGAUACAUAAGGCCGAAGGGAAACCUCAACACCCCUUUUACAAGGGACAAUAUUAUUGACGUAAAUUCCAUGUUUUCGAUUGCUUAUUUUAAAAAAUCCGUUCCAAAGGGAAUUUGUACAGGUAUGUAUAAAACUGCAAUUUAUUCCAAAAAAGAUUUUACAUACAGCCGAGUAGAUUUAUUUUUGAGAAUUUAAGGUGGGUCAUUACGUACAGAUUUUUUCAAAACUUGGCAGGAAAUGAAUACUGUCAUGUUGAUUGCAACUCAUUUACUCUUUUAGGGGGUUACCGAAUUUGGUUUUGGGUAACAAAGAUUUAAAGCUAAAGUUAAGGGUGUAAUGGGCCUUUUUUGUCGCCAUGGUAAUCUAAUAUGUCCCAAAAAAAUUUCAAAAUUUAUUGAGAAAUAAGCAGACUUUUAUCAUCGUCUAUUCAGUAAUUCUUACGCAAGAAAGCUCCGUAAACUCCAAUAAGUUUAUGACGUUUCAGCUUCUCUCCUAUUCUGUUUUGCACUAACCAAGAUAUGAUAACACACACAUGCUUGUGAUCCCGUCAAAAGUAAAGCAUAACAACUCAAUGUGCGGAAUUAAAAAAAGUAAAUAA